AUGGCGAGCCACAGCCCGCGCGACUAUGACUAUUCCCGUCGCUACUUGCGCGGGGAUAUGAUCGAUGAGCGCGAUCCUCGCUACUUCGACGACUAUGGCGAGGUUCGCGGCAGCCACGACCUCGUCCCCCGCGCAGAUCCCCGUGACAGCAGCCUCUCCGUAGAGGAGGUUCGCCGCGACUUCCCGCCGCCCGUUGGACGCGAGUACGUCCAUGACGUGCGCCGAGCUCGGUCUGCCGAGCCCGGCUACUACCGCGAGGAGGAUGUCGAAUACCGCCGCGUCUACGGAUCACGGCUUGACGCCCGGGACAGUGAUCGCCACUCGAGAUACGCCGGCAGCAGCCAUGGCGGCGAUGACCGCGACAGAAGAUCCAAGCACGGCAAGACCCUGUCGAAGCAGGAGAAGAUCAUUGCUGCUGUUGCCGGUGCCGCCCUUCUUGUGGGCGGUAAGGAACUCUAUGAUCGCCAUGAAGCCAAGAAGGAGGGCGGCACCCCUGUCCAGCGCAAUGCACUGUCGUCGGCUGCACUCGCCGGCUUCGGCGCGCUUGCUGCCUAUUCGGGCGCCGAGUUCUACAGCAAGCAGCAGGCAAGGAAGGAUCAAAAGGCAAAGUAUAUCCUUUCGCGAGGCCGGGAUGGCGAACUCGAUGAGUAUUAUGAUUCGGAUGGCGAGAGCGACACCAAGGAGAAGAAGGGACACAAGAACUUCCUCGAGAGCGCUCUAGCCGCUACCGGCCUUGGAGCGGCCGUCAAACAACUCGCUGGCGGCAACGAUGACAGGCACUCUGAUACCAGGAGCCGCGGUGGCAGCCCCAGCUCUCGAAGCGUCCGGAGCUCCCGGAGCGUCCGCUCUCGCUCGAGCUCCAAGUCCAGGAGCGGCAAAGGUGCCAGCAAGGUCCAGAAGGCGGCUAUUGCAUCGCUUCUUGCGGGAGCCACCGAGGCUUUCCGGGUCGCCAAGGAGCCCGGCGGUUGGAGGGGAGAGAAGACUAAGAGAAUCCUCACUGCCGCCGCCGGUGCCGCCACGGUGGACGCCGCUCACGGUGCAGACCACGGAAAGCUGGGCCUCGCCGAGUCAGUCAUCGGUGGCCUGGUGGGCAACCGCUUGAUCAACGGCUCCAGGAAUGACAUCGAGGAGGACCGCCGCACUGGCAGGAGCCGCUCCCGAUCUCGUGCACGGUCCAAGGACGGCCAUAAAGGCGUCGGCCUUGCCGCACUUGCAACGGCCGGCCUGGGAGCCAUUGGGGCCAAGAAGGCCUUUGACCGAUCGAGAUCUCGCGGCCGCGACAGGAGCUAUGAUUCCCGAAGCCCUUCGCGAGACCGUCACCGCAGCCGUAGCCGCAGCGUCGUGGAUAAGGCACGCGACGGUCUUGCCAAGCUAGGCUUGGGCAGCGGUGCCCUGGUGGCCGCUGAUGAACGUCGCCGUCGCGACUAUGAUAGCGACUACGAUGACCGGAGCUCACGCUACUCUGGUCGACGAGAUGACGACCAUGUAUACGACGAUCCCCGAUACCGCCGCAGUCGUGGACAUCGCGGGGACUCCCGCGAUGGCUCCCCGUCGGAGCGUUCUCGCUCUCGCGAUCCGUCGCGGCGGAGAGGCGGUUACGGGUCUGAGUCCGACUUGGGGGAUUCUUCCGAGGAUGAGAGGAGAGCCAAGAAGAUGCGAGGUAAGCAGAUCAUUACUACCGGCCUUGCGGCCAUUGCCACAGUUCACGCAGCACAUGGAGUCUACAAAAGCAUGGAAAAGAGAAAGGCACGGAAAGAGGCUGUCAAGGAGGGCCUACUUAGCUCGAAGGAGGCCAAGAAGCUCAAGACAAAAGCUCUCAUGCAAGACGCAGCUUCGAUCGGCAUUGCUGCCAUCGGUAUCAAGGGCGCACUUGGAGAGCUCAAAGAAGCCCGCGAAAUGGCCCGCGAGUGCAAGGAGUGGAGGGAAGAGAAAAUGCGUCGCCACCAGAAGCGAUUGGAGAAACGCCAGAAGCUUGGUGAACGGCAACGGUCAUCAAGCUGGUCGACUCCCACGCGGGAAAGACACGAUGGCUACUUUGGAGACGGCGAGGAUGAGCCAGACUACGACCCCGACAGAUACAGCGGAGUCCCUCCGCUGCUCCAACCACCUCUCAGGCGCGAUAGCCGUUGA